CUCCCUUCCUUCUCCACAGGCAUGGUCCCCUUAAAGAGGCUGCAUGAAACAUUCCUCAGGUUGGUCCUCCUGCCUGCGGGGGGCGCCACCAAGCCCAAGGCCUCCGAAGUGCUGAGCCAGCACCUGCUGCAGAGGGGUCUGCCCCACUGGACCUCCUUUUGCGUCAAGUACAGCGCGGUGCUCAAUGACCAGUUUGGGCUCUCCAACUUCAACUGGGAGGUGAACGGGAUGAACUACCACAUCCUACGGACCGGCUGCUUCCCCUUCAUCAAGUACCACUGCUCCCGAGCACCCCGCCAAGAGCUGGCGACGCAGAACCGCUUCUUUACAGCUCUCAAAAUAAUAAACUUAGGUAUUCCUACUCUGUUAUAUGGAAUUGGCUCCUGGUUCUUUGCUAACGUUACAGAGACUGUCCACACACCCUAUGGCCCAGUCACAGUUUACUUCCUAAAUAAAGAAGAUGAGAAUGCCGUCUACUAAAUAGCUGCUUUCAAGAACUACUACUGUUGCAGCUUAUAUAUAUGGGCCAUUGUUUGCCAAAACACAUUCAUGGCUGAAUUGUUGUUUUCAGCCUAGUUGACAUUGGGAGAUGUCAAGAUCUCCCUUAUUUCUUUGGCUUCGUUUAGAAUCCGGGAAGCUCAUGAAGUACCCAGUGGACUAUGAUGCCAGACAAUGGAGUGACAUGUUUUGGGGACUACUUGAACCUGUUUCUUUAUGUAACUGUUCCUCUUGUGAGGCAAUAAUGGAAAUGUGUGUUCCUGGAGAUUGUUUCUGUUUCUCUGUUGAUCAUGUGUGUGGUUAUUCUCUUAUAGCAGAUGCAGCGUAAUGUAAUGCAAUCCAAAUAUGACUGAUGAUCUUCAAGAUUAUUUGGUUGGGGGGGGGGAUCUUUGAUUUGUAAGAAUAUUCAAAAAGGCAUCUCACUCCCCUGUAGUUUGGGGAGGUGCUUCAAAAAUUCACAUGUGUGCGUUUUCAUUAUAGUUUUAUAUAUCUGUACUAUUCAGGGCAUUGGUAAAUUUAGGGUCUCGUGUUGCUUAAGUGUGGAUUUCACCCUAAGGUAUGAAGCAGCCAAAAUGAAGCACCUCUCAUCCUCAGCAGUUAUACCCUUCUAAGCCUGUUGAUGUAGAUUUAGAAGUGUAACUUUCUUUAGAAUGGCACUGUCAAAUACGUGUUUGACUGCCCCUGAACUCAGUGGGACGUUGGCUUCUUAGCUCUGGCUGAAUUGUGCCCAUACAUAGCUGAGUCUGAUAUAGAUGGUUAUUGCAUUGAAACAGUGCAUACCCUAACAAGGACUCCGGGUUGUCCUGAACUUCUAGCAGGGAUUAUUAAUGUUUAGUUCAUAAUAAGCAAACUUGCUGGACUAUUAAAGGCUUGGCUUGCAGGUCUAGGAAUGGAUACAGACAAAUUUGUUUACUUUAAGUUAGAGUUUUAACAGUGGCCUUAGGAAAACAAAAUUGCUGUAUUGUGACUAACAGAGAUUUGUUGUUGCUUUUUAAAGCAUAAGACUAGCAGUUGGGCAGGUACACUGGAAUAGUGUAAAAAUGUGUUUGUUAAUAUACGUACGAAGAAGCUUCCCAGUAAUGUAUUUGCUUUGCUUAACUCUAAAUAAAUAUGUAAUCAAAGAAACGUGCUUGUAUAUUUGGACCAGAGAAUAUUUCUCUAACACAAAUUGAAUGAAUAGUUUACACAGUGGAGUAGCUGGUGUGUUACAUUAAGCUUCAUUAAUAAUAAAAGUGACUAUUAGCAUUUUGCUA